AUGGCUUCGCAACGGCCCACGUCCGCCGCGGACGGCAAGACGUACUUUGAGCAGCAGCGCGAGCUUCUCAUGGGCGAAAUAGCUCUGAGUUUCGAGCAAGUCCUCGCCAAUAUCAAUAAGCUGAACCGGUCGCUGGAGGCCGUCAUCACCGUGGGCAACGAGUUCUCGUCCGUCGAGGCGCUGUGGUCGCAGUUUGAAGGCGUCAUGGGCGCGCCCAGGGAUGGGGAGGAGAGCGGGGGUCCUGCGGAGGACACGACGGCCGCGGAAGGACGGGGGCCGAUGCCUCGGGUGUGA